AUGUUCAAUGCCACCGCCCUGUCUCUCCCUCCUCUUCCCACAUACACCUUGACUCCUCUACAACCUCUGAUCUCUUGGCUUCCCGACCUCUAUCUGGCCCUGAUCCUUCCUGUCGCUGCCUACUGGAUUGUUUCCUUCAUCUUCCACUUCAUCGACGAGUACGACUUGUUCCCUCAGUACCGAUUGCACACUCCCGCAGAGGUUCUCAAGCGCAACCACGUCUCACGAUGGGAUGUCUUCCGUGACGUUAUCAUCCAGCAGGUCAUUCAGACAGUCGUUGGUCUUGCCAUAACCAUCAUUGAGCCCGAGGCUACCGUCGGCCAGGAUGACUACAAUGUUGCCGUUUGGGCUCAGAGAAUUCGCAUUGCCCAGCGUGCUAUCCCCACCGUCCUUGCUUUUACUGGCCUCGACGCCAACUCAAUUGCAUCUAGGCAAGCUGUUGCACACCCAAUUCUCUCUGCUGUCUUGAAGGGUGGUAGCUACAACCUUUAUCAGCAGGCUGCUUCUGGCGACCUCGUCCCGGCAUUUGCUUCGUGGGAGCUCACACUCGCCAAGGCCAUCUACUGGAUCGGCAUUCCUGCCUUGCAAUUCACCUUUGCCGUCCUCGUUGUCGAUACAUGGCAGUACUUCUGGCACAGAGCCAUGCACAUGAACAAAUGGCUCUACACAACUUUCCACUCCCGUCACCACCGCCUUUACGUCCCUUACGCUUAUGGUGCUCUCUACAACCACCCCUUCGAGGGCUUCCUUCUUGAUACCUUGGGUACCGGUAUUGCCUACAUGCUCGCUGGUAUGACUUGCAGACAAUCCAUGUGGUUCUUCACCUGCAGCACCAUCAAGACUGUCGAUGACCACUGUGGAUACGCCCUUCCUUGGGACCCACUCCAGCAUAUCACUAGCAACAAUGCUGGCUACCACGACAUCCAUCACCAGAGCUGGGGUAUCAAGACCAACUUCAGCCAGCCAUUCUUCACUUUCUGGGACGGUCUUCUCGGCACUAAGUGGGUUGGCGGUGACGUCUCCGCUCGCUAUGAAAGAUCAAGAAUCGCUGCGCAGAAGAAGCUCGACCAGGACAACAUCUCUCAUUCCAGACCAUCUCAGAGUCUUGACGCCGAGCCCUCACCCUACGAGUCCGAAGAAAAGAAUGCUAGCACUCUAGCGAAACAAUCACAAGCACAGCUCGAUCCUAGCAUUCCAGAGGGCAAAGCAGCCCUGCAAGCUCUUGGCUCCAGACAGCAGAUUUUGGACGACCAGUCUGGUGGUGGUGUCCAGGUUCUUCUUGAGGAAGCUGCUGAGGAGCGCGAGGCACAGCGUGUCCUGCGCCGCAGCCCCAGGAAGAAGACUGUGUCACAGGCAUCAUCAGCACCACUCAAGGGUCUGAGAGAUAGAGUCAACACCAGCCUGCAUGGAAAGGCGAGUGGUGUGCUUAUUGAGAGCAGCAGAUGA